UUUUUUUAUAAAGAAUGAAAGAACUACCACCCAAGGAAGCCAACCUUUUCAGAGAAAUAUUGGAAUGUUACCAAUCGAAGCAGUACAAGCGUGGAUUUAAGGGUGCAGAACAGAUUUUAAGAAAGUUCCCUGAUCAUGGAGAAACCCUUGCAAUGAAAGGGUUGUUCUAUAACCAAAUGGACAAGAAAGAAGAAGCGUAUGAGCUUGUGAAGAAGGGCCUUCGUCAAGAUUUGAAAAGUCAUAUCUGCUGGCAUGUUUUUGGCUUACUCUAUAGAUCGGACAAGAAUUAUGAAGAAGCAUCAAAAUGUUACAUUAAUGCGCUCAAGUAUGAUAAGGAGAACAUCCAAAUCCUUCGCGAUCUUUCCUUGCUUCAGAUGCAGAUGCGUAAUUUGGAAGGAUACCUCGACACACGUCACCAAUUGCUGGAGUUGCGUCCUCAAAAUCGCCAGUACUGGGUAACUGUUGCGAUCGCAUAUCAGCUUUUGGGGAAGCCUGAACUGGGCGUCAAGGUCUUGGCUACGUAUGAGGAAACUCUCAAGGAUCUUCCUACAACUCCAGAUUAUGAGCAUAGUGAAAUGUUGCUCUAUCAUAACAGCUUAUUGGAGGAGGCGGGUCAAAUCCAAGAGGCACUGGAACAUCUGGACGCAAUCGAGAAGCAAGUAUGCGACCAUAAAGCUAUCAAAGAGAACCGCGCUAGAUACCUCUUAGCUCUUGGACAUAUGGAAGAAGCUCAGGAGGCAUAUAGGGCUCUACUAGCUAUCAAUCCCGACAAUGUGGCGUACUUUGAGGGUCUUCAGAAGAGCAUGAAUCUGCUGAACAGCAGUGGUGAUAAUAGAAACAAUGGGAAACUGACAGAGGAGCAGCAAUCAAAGGUUUUAGAUCUUUUCAUGAGUCUUCAGAAGGAGUAUCCUCGCUCCAAUGCUGCUAAGCGGUUACCAUUACGCUAUGCGACUGGUGAAGAGUUUGUCAAGAUCACUGACAAAUACCUUCGUAACAUGCUCAGGAAGGGUGUCCCCUCUUUGUUUGUCAACAUCAAAUCCCUCUAUGCGGAUAAAGAGAAGCAGAAGGCGGUGGAAAAACUAGCUCUUGGCUAUUUAGCUGCUUUGGAGAAAUCAAAAGGCUUUGAUCAUUCUGGGUCAAUCAUUGAGCCGCCGACGGCACUUCUCUGGACACUUUACUUCUUGGCUCAGCACUUUGAUUACAAGAGAGAUACCAAUAAGGCUCUUGAAUACAUCGAACAGGCUAUUCAGCACACACCAACACUUGUGGAGCUAUACAUGAUCAAGGGGCGUAUUUUGAAACAUGCAGGCGAAUACAUCAAAGCAAUGGACGCAUUGAAUGAAGCCAGGCAAUUGGAUUUACAGGACCGAUUUAUCAAUACAAAAUGUACAAAGUAUAUGCUUCGAGCCGACAAAAUGGCAGAGGCAGAGAAGACCAUCGUCAUGUUCACUCGUGCUGAUAUCGUCAAUCCUCUAAACGAUCUCGUGGAAAUGCAGGCUCAAUGGUUUGCACUUGCCGCGGGUGAGAGUCAUCUUCGACAGGGCCAAAUUGGUCGUGCUUUGAGACGUUUCCAUCAGAUAGAGAAGCACUUUAACGACUAUACAGAAGACCAAUUCGAUUUCCACACAUACUGUCCCCGCAAGAUGACAUUGAGGGCCUAUGUUUCCCUUGUACGCUUAGAAGAUCAACUUCGUUCUCACCCAUACUAUGUUCGUGCUGCCCAUGGUGCGAUUCAGUGCUAUCUGACUAUCUUUGACAAACCUGAUGGAGAAGACGAUGAGGCGAUGAAGGGCAUGACAGAAGCAGAAAAGAAAAAGUUCCGUAAUAAGAAACGUAAGGCAGAGCUCAAGGCACAGCAAGAGGCUGAGGAUAGAAAGAAGGCUAACGCUGCUGCACUAGAAGCAUCCAAGAAAGCAGGCUCUAAUGCUGCUGUUGCUCUAGUGGAGGAAGAUACUGAAGGAAGACCCCUUGGCAGAAACCCUAAAGUUCUUGAAGCCCUUGCAAGAUCUGGCUGGCAAUAAGAUUGAGACACAUCUUAUAGCCUUUGACAUUUAUAUCCGCAAGAAUAAACUGCUUUUGGCGCUCAAGUCACUCCUAAAAGCAUUCAAGAUUGACCCCAGCAAUGGUCCACUCCGAGAGCAACUGGUUAAAUUUGGCCAUACUGUUGAGAAAGCAUCUGCAUCCUCUGCCCUCAAAGCCAGCGUCAAGGCUGUGAUUGAUAACCACAUGCCAACACUUUGCCAAGGUCAAGAUCUUGCUUCUCUUGAGGCAUCAUUAGUAGAAAAAGUAAAGCUCUCAUAAAACAUCCCAGAUUUGACCUUGGUAUCAGGAUAUUCUGAAUCAACAUUUCGGUGUUCUGCCGUUCUAAAAAAUAAAGUUUUGCCCAAUCCCGAUUAAACUACAAAGAGGACUCCAG